GAAUUUGCCUAAUCAGAUUUAACUUUCCAAUUUUUGUUUUAAAAAAUAAUUUUCAUAAGCAAAGCCAUAUGAAGGCACAAAUAGUUCACAAUCCAUAAAGAAGAAUAGUCAUCAAGAACUCGUUCUCUCCAAGUGCCUUUCAAAAUUUUAAUGGGCCAAACCCUUGGCGUGCCACGCCUCGUAUUCUUCCUCCGUUGUUUUCCCAUUCCAUUUCUUCUCCCUUUCUGUCUCUCCUUCUCCCGCUCUUCGUUUCUUCUGCGCUUUUUCAUUUCUUCAUCGUUCUCCUCUGUCCUUUCUUUUCCAGUUGAAUCCUCAUUUGGGCGUCGUCUCGAAAGGAGAGAUGCCGCUCUUCCUCACCGACGUGGAGUACGAGCGGUGCUCCGGAAACGCCGCUUUGGUCGCGGAGAAGGCCGAUUCCUUCAUCAGGGAUCUUCACAAGCAGCUAGACACCGUCAAGGCCCAGGCCGACGCCGCCGCCAUCACCGCCGAGCAAACUUGCUCCUUACUCGAGCAGAAGUACCUCUCUCUCUCUUCCGACUUCGCCAACCUCCAAUCCCAGAAUGCCCAGCUCAACUCCACACUCGAGCAACGCCUUUCCGAUCUCGCCCAAGUCCAGGCGGAAAAGCAUCAACUCCACCUUCAAUCUAUUGGCAAAGAUGGAGAGAUUGAGCGGUUGUCCACUGAAACUUCUGAGCUUCAUAAAUCGAAGAGGCAAUUGAUGGAGUUGGUGGAGCAGAAGGAUUUAGAGAUUAGUGAGAAAAAUGCUACUAUUAAGAGCUAUCUGGACAAGAUUGUAAACUUAACUGACAAUGCUGCCUUAAGGGAGGCUCGUUUGAAUGAUGUUGAAGCAGAGUUGGCACGAACUCGCGGUUCCUGUACACGUUAUUUGCAGGAAAAGGAACUUAUUGAGAGGCAUAAUGUUUGGCUUAAUGAUGAGCUUACAUCAAAAGUUGAGAGUCUCAUUGCGCUGCGUAAAACACAUGCUGAACUUGAGGCAGAGAUGUCUGUGAAGCUUGCAGAUACUGAGAGGCAAUUCAAUGAAUGUUCGAAUUCUUUAAAGUGGAAUAAAGAAAAAGUGAGGGAGUUAGAAAUUAAAUUAUCUUCUUUGCAACAGGAGUUUUGUUCUUCUAAAGAGGCUGCAGCAGCUAGUGAAGAGCAAUUUUCUGCAGAAAUCUCAACAGUAAACAAGCUUGUUGAACUGUAUAAGGAAAGUUCUGAGGAAUGGUCCAAAAAGGCUACAGAGCUUGAGGGUGUGAUUAAUGCCUUAGAAAUGCAUUUGAGUCAAGUUGAGAAUAGUUAUAAAGAAAAGCUUGAGAAAGAGGCAUUUGCAAAAAAGGAAUUUGAAAAGGAGGUUGCAGAGUUGAAAGAAAAAUUGGGGAAGUGUGAAUCUGAAAUGGAGAAUAGUCAGAAAGCAAAUGAGCUGAAUCUUGCUGCCAUCAGCCCUCACAGCUCAGAAAUAUGGAUGAGCUCAUUUAAAACUAAUGAGAUAACUGAAGAUAAUCGUAUGCUCGUUCCCAAUAUUCCUGUUGGUGUUUCUGGAACAGCAUUAGCAGCUUCACUUCUGCGGGAUGGUUGGAGUUUGGCUAAGAUGUAUAGCAAGUACCAAGAGGCAGUUGAUGCCCUUCAACAUGAACAAUUGGGAAGGAAACAAGCUCAGGCAAUAUUGGAACGGGUUUUAUUUGAAAUAGAGGAAAAAGCUGCAAUCAUCUUGGAUGAACGAGCUGAACAUGAGAGGAUGUUAGAGGCAUACUCAGCUAUCAACCAAAAAUUGCAGCAUUCAGUUUCUGAACAGUCUAAACUGGAGAAAACUAUCCAAGAAUUAAAGGCGGAGUUGAGGAGGCAUGAACGUGACUACUCCUUGGCUCAGAAAGAAAUUGUUGACCUUCAGAAGCAGGUGACAGUUUUACUGAAGGAAUGCCGAGAUAUUCAAGUUCGUUGUGGAUCUGCAGGUUAUGAUUAUGCUGAUGAUCAGGCAAUGAUUCCUGCUGUUGAAAUGAAUGAUGAGUCUCAUGCGGAAAAAAUUAUUUCAGCACAGCUAUUGACCUUCAAAGAUAUAAGUGGAUUAGUGGAGCAGAAUGUCCAGCUUCGAAGUCUUGUGCGCAGCCUAUCUGACCAGAUUGAGAAUAGCGAGUUGGAAUUAAAGCAAAAUUUUGAAAUGGAGAUAAAGAAACAGGCUGAUGAAGCUGCCUCUAAAGUUGCUGCUGUGUUAGAAAGAUCUCAAGAGCAAGGGGGCAUGAUUGAAUCACUUCAUAGUUCUGUUGAGAUGUACAGGAGGCUAUAUGAAGAACAUAAACUUCAAACAUCUUAUCUCCAUUCUGCAGAAGCAGCUCCUGAAGGAAGGAAAGACCUCAUGCUUCUUGAAAGUUCUCAGGAAGCUAGAAAGAAGGCUGAAGAGCAGGCUGCUGAACAUUUGAGAACUAUUGAAGAUGAUUUGGCAAAGUCUAGGAGUGAAAUUAUAUCAUUACGAUUGGAGCGGGACAAGUUGGCUAUGGAAGCAAAUUUUGCGCGGGAGAGACUUGAUAGCUUAAUCAAGGAAUCUGAGCAUCAGAGAGGUGAAACCAAUGGAAUUUUGGCAAGAAAUGUUGAAUUCUCACAGUUGGUAGUUGAUUACCAACGAAAGCUGCGUGAAAAUUCUGAAUGUGUGCAUGCUGCUGAAGAAGUUUCUCGAAAAUUAACAAUGGAGGUAUCCGUUCUGAAGCACAAGAAUGAAAUGUUGUCGAGCUCCGAAAGUAGGGCUUUGGAUGAAGUUCGUGUUUUGUCUGAGAGAGUCCAUCGCCUACAGGCUAGCUUGGACACUAUUCAGACUGCUGAGGAAGCUCGUGAGGAGGCCAGAAGGGUGGAGAGGAGAAAACAAGAGGAGUAUACCAAGAAAGUUGAGAGGGAAUGGGCUGAGGCUAAAAAUGAGCUUCAACAAGAACGUGAUAAUGUUCGAUCCCUUACUCUUGACCGGGAGCAUACUAUCAAAAAUGCCAUGAGACAGGUUGAAGAGAUUGGAAAAGAAUUAUCGAAUGCCUUGCGUGAUGCUGCCGCAGCUGAGGCCCGGGCUGCUGUUGCAGAGGCUCGAUAUAUUGAUCUUGAGAAAAAGAUUAAAUCUGCAGAGGCUAAGGCUGUUGGAAUAGAUAGUGAAUCUGGGCCUUCAUCUUCCACGGUUAAUGAGGUUUACCAAGACUUGCAUGUUGCAAGGGAAGAGAUGGAAAAAUUGAAGCUGGAAGCACUAGCUAAUAAGGAUCACAUGCUACAGUAUAAAAACAUUGCACAAGUCAAUGAAGAUGCACUGAAGCAAAUGGAAUGUGCUCAUGAAAGCUUCAAGACUGAGGCUGACAAACUAAAGAAGUCUCUUGAAAGUGAAAUAUUAUCUCUCAGAGAGAGGUUAUCUGAACUUGAAGAUGAGUCUAGUCUGAAAUCCAAGGAAGCUGCCUCGGCUGUUUCAGGAAGGGAGGAGGCACUAAAUGCUGCUUUGGCAGAAGCUGCUGCUUUAAAGGAAGAAGACGCUGUUAAAACAUCUCAAAUCAUUGCAAUGGAAGUUCAAAUUUCUGUUCUAAAAGAAGAUUUGGAGCAGGAGCAUCAACGGUGGCGCACUGCUCAAGCCAAUUAUGAAAGACAGGUUAUCCUGCAGUCGGAAACAAUUCAGGAGUUAACAAAAACAUCGCAGGCUUUGGCUUUACUGCAGUUGGAAGCAUCUGAGUUGCACAAAUUGUCAGAUGCACUCAAAAGUGAAAAUAGUGAAUUAAAAGCUAGGUGGGAAAGUGAGAAGUCAGUGCUAGACAAAUUGAAAAAUGAAGCUGAGAUGAAGUACAAUGAAAUUAAUGAACAGAAUAAAAUAUUGCACAGCCGGCUUGAAGCGUUGCACAUUAAAUUGGCUGAGAAAGAACGCAAUGCUGCUGGAAUAUCAUCUGAAAGCACGGAUUCUGACUCACUGGGUGAUUCUGGGUUACAAAAUGUUGUUAGUUAUCUCCGGCGGUCAAAGGAAAUUACAGAAACAGAGAUAUCUUUGUUGAAAAAGGAAAAGUUGCGAUUGCAGUCACAGCUUGAGAAUGCUCUUAAGGCAGCUGAGACAGCCCAGGCAUCACUUCAUUCUGAGCGUGCAAAUUCAAAGGCGUCUUUAUUCACGGAGGAAGAGAUCAAAUCCUUACAAAUUCAGGUUAGUGAAAUGAACCUGCUUCGAGAAAGCAACAUGCAACUCAGAGAAGAAAAUAAGCAUAAUUUUGAGGAAUGCCAGAAAUUACGGAAAGUAGCCCACCAGUCUAGGAUUGACAUUGAGAAUCUGGAGGCGUUGCUAAAGGAAAGACAGGUUGAGUUGGAAUCUUAUAAAAAAGAUAUUGAACUGCAUAGGUUAGAGAAAGAUCAGUUGGAAAAGCGGGUUGGUGAGUUGCUUGAAAGGUGCAAAAAUAUUGAAGUUGAAGAUUUUGAUCGCAUGAAAAUUGAUGUUCAGAUUAUGCAGGAAAGUCAGCGAGAGAAGGAUGCUGAGAUCGAGGAAAUUAAAAAACUUGUUUCUGAGAAGCAGGUUAUAAUGGCAGAUUUGGAACGUGACCUUGCAAACAGCAGAUUGGAACUGACUGCGAGGGAGAACCGGAUAAAUGAUAGUUUGCAAGCUGAGGCUAAUUUGAAAUCAGAUGUAGAGAAGCAAAAGAAGAUGGUGACUAAUUUCAAGAAAAAGUUGGGGGCUUUGUUGAAGGAGAAAGAGGCACUGAGCAAAGAGAAUCUAAGUCUCUCCAAACAAUUAGAAGACUCCAAACAAGGAAAAAGGUCCAUAGAGGAUGCUGCUGGUGAACAGGCCAUGAAGGACAAAGAGAAGGAGAAAGAAGCCAGGAUUCAGAUUCUGGAGAAAACUGUGGAGAGGCAGAGGGAGGAGUUGAGGAAGGAGAAAAAUGACCAUCAGAAGGAAAAAGUGAAGCGUCUAAAGACUGAGAAUACCAUUGCGGAUCUUUAUAAGAAUAUAACUCAGGAGAAAGCAAAGAUGUAUGAUGAUUUUGAGAAGCAUAAGCAGGUUGUAAAGAGGAUCUCAGAUGAACUUGACAAGCAUAAGCAUGCUAAAGGCAACAUUCCAGAGGGUAUUUCAGCAGUUCAAAUCCUGUCCAAGACCACCUUGGACGAUCUUCCUGCUGGCUAUGCCUCAGCUGUUGAGAAUUUUGAAAAGGUGGCACAUUCGAUUUUCAGUAGCCUUCCUGCAGAAACUUCUGUUGUUGACACUGCUGCUUCAGGGCCUGCAGUUCCUGCUCAUGCGGUAAGUACAUCCUCAAUAAGUGCUGCCGCAAGUGACUCACCGUUGAAGCCAACAGAAGAAAAAGAAAAGAAAACCACUCUUCCGAAACCUGUUGUUGAAACUCGUAAAACAGGAAGAAAGUUGGUUCGGCCUCGUCUUGUGAUACUCGAAGAACCUCAGAGCGAUAUAGAGAUGUCAGAUAUGGAUGCAUCAAACAAUGCAGCGAAGCUUGCUGUACAUGAUGCAGAAGCUCAAGGCAACAUGACUCUAUUGAACCAACCACCUAUUCGGAAGCGACAAGCUUCCACUUCUGCUUCUGAUUUGCAAGAAGAGACACUUGCUCAGGGGAAAAUUAGCACUGAUCUGACAGAACCUGUGUCGAAGAAAUCUAGGAGCUCAGAUUCACCACCAGAGAGUGCUGAAGGGCAAUUUGCUGCCCAUUUGGAAACUCCUGGAACUCCUACUGUUGAAGAAACAGUAGAUGCUGCAGCUGAUUUACCUCAAGGUUCCAAUGAGGAAGCUGUUGAUGCUGAAAAGGAUGAGGUUGAAGCUACUCAAGGGCAAUCUGAGGAGCCAAAAGAACCACUACAGCUAGAUACCAAUGAUGAAGUUGAUUUGCAAAAUGAUAUGAAUGUGUUUGAAGAUCUUUUGGAUAAGCCAGGUGAAGAAGUGCCAUUUGAUGACGGAUCAAAGUGUCCUGCUGGACAAGACAUCCAGCAAUCAGCGGAAAUUGGUGCUGAGAGGGAAGAAGGAGAGCUGGUCCCAGAUAUUGCGGAUCUUGAGGGUGGGGAUAGUAGCCUAAUGGAAAGCGCAGACAAUGUGGGAGGUCAGGUUGAGCAUGAGCCAGUUCCUGCUUCACCGGGUGAGGCUGAUGAUGCAAUUUCUGCUGGUGCAGCUGCGGAAAUUGGUGAGAUUGCUUCUCCCAAUGUUUUAAAUGAAGAGAAGAAUCGUGGAAGUGAUGUAGUGGAAGAGAUUGCUGAAGAUUCUGACAAGUCAAAUGAUGGUAAUGACCAAGUUACUGUGGAAACUGAACCGGUGCCUGAACCUGUUUCUAGUAGUCGUGGUGGUACUUCAGCAAGUACUGUCACCGAAGUUGGUGGCUCAAAACAAGCUUCUCCCAGCAUCACUCCGGAGGUAGAUGAGGAAAAACAGGUGUUACCUGCUAGUGUCAGCUCAAAUACCAUAAACAUACAAGAAAGAGCUAGGGAGCGGGCUAUGUUAAGACAGCAUGGAGUUAUUUCUUUGACUAGAGGCCGUGGAAGGGUAGCUCGUAGUCGAGGGGCGCGUGGUGGCCGUGGUGGACGUGGACAUGCUUCUGGUGGUCAAGGUUGAGCUUUGAAAGCUGUACAUGAGUGUCAUGUUGUUGUACUCUUAUUUUAUCCUCUUAUUACCUCUCUUUACGUGGAAGUUCAAGAUGUCUCUCCUACUUCAGGUGAUUGAUUCUUGGACAAACGGAAAAACGUUGUAGUUUUACAAUAGGAUGUAGUCACCAGAGAAUAAGAUUUUUUUCACAAGCCAUCUCGUCAUUGGACUGCAAGUAAUUGUUGAUGAAUUGAGAGCUAGUUUUGUGGCAUUUGAAAAUGUUUACAUAGGGUUUCGAAACUUGGGAGUUCGGAUCUAGAUUUGUUUAGAUAUGAACAAUUAUAUCAAUUUUUGUCCAAAUUCACACAAAUUUGACUUGAAAUUCAUGCUUAAAAGCACGACUUUACUA